AUGAUUAAUGGAAGCAAUUUCUGUCCACGGGAGUGCCCGGCACACUAUGAGCCUAUUAUUCAUAGUAUCGGUGUUGUAUCUACAGUUUUUAAUGUCUUUGGGAUUUAUUUGACGUUGGCAAAGUCGAAAAAAAACACAAAUUAUAGAUUUUGUCAAUUGUAUGUUCAGAUAACCGCUCUAAUUACUGAAUUCGACAUCUCCAUAGUCAACCCAGCGUAUUUCUUUUUCCCAAUGAUUGGAGGAAUGAAUUGCGGAAAAAUGAGAGAAGUUCAAGUCAAAUUUGGGAUAACGUCGCAUAUAUGUAUCACUUUCUUCACUUUCAUAUUAUGCCUUCAAGUUCCCGCACUCCUCACGUGCUUUAUUUAUCGGCACCAGGUCGCCGCCAAGUGCAGUCCGGAUAAGACCUGGAGCUUAUCGAAAUUUCAUCUCUACAGUAUUCUUUUCAUCUAUCAUAUUUUUCCCUGUCUCAUCGCGUUUUCGUUAUACCAUUCGGGGCUUUCCAAGGAUGAAAAGAAUUAUUCAAUGCACAUGAACUAUCCGGGCUGCAUCCAUUCUCUAGAUGAUUUCACGUUUGACUUUUACGAUUAUCAAGUUAACCCAACAUUUAUCGCAUUCGGGAUUCUUAUAUCUGUGUACUACGUCAUGGCUGGUGUGAUAGGGUUUGGUCUGGCCUGGCGGACCGGUCAAGUCCUAAACCGUUAUCGUUAUAUCAUGUCUGCAAGAACAUACCAGCUCCACAAAUCUUCACUGAUCACGCUAACAACUCAGGUAUCCGGCCCAACUCUAGUUCUAGGGAUUCCUGUAUUUGUGGUCUAUGUAAUUGUUGCCAGCCAGAUGACGCAGCUUCAUGACCUGGCGGCAACUGCUCCAUUUUUUAUAUCCGCUCACUCGGCGGUGACAACUUCCUGUCUAAUUAUGACCACCGCGAAUUACAAGAAUUUGUUCACUAAGAAUUACGAUAACGUGAGAAAAAAGAUGAAGUGCAAGCGGACACCUACAGCGUCUGUCAUGUCAAGUCCCGUGGCGGUGAUGAGGCCGAUGGCUAGCGUAGUCAAUACAUUUUUCUGAAAGCUUUUGUUUAUUUUUAGUUAUUUUUGACUGUUGUUAAAAAAUAAAUAGUCUGUUCCGUU